UCGAAAGCUGUGUGCUGUCCCUUGAAACUUGGAAACUUCUGGGAAGUCAGUCUGCGCCGUGGAUUGCGAUGUUUCUGAAGGAAGUGACGGUAUGAAUGAAAAAAAAAAAAACAGUAUCCUUAGGAGAAAAACAGAAUCCGAAAAUUAAAGGCAUAGAGUGAGCCACGGAGACGAGGAAAGCGUUCGUGAGACGGCUGAUGAAUACCGCUGAUUUAAGUGAGAAUACACACGAAUCUCUGCUGUAGAAUACACAUAAAACAGUAUUGCUGAGCUCGUCUGAGAUUGCAACCUCAGACACAAAGAAGAGCCACUUUUUUUCUUCUACGUUGCUGAAACUGGAACUAUAGUAUUGUUAGCCAAAAAAAUGAUACUUUCUCGCAUUGCAAGACCAGAAUGGAAGAUUUGAAAGCCACCGACUAUUCCUGUUAUCAGUGGUUGUAAACUUUUUUUUUAAGAAACGCAAUUGUGCAUUGUUUUGAAUUGGUUUGUUGAAGUUAAGGGUCCUUUUUUUUGCGCCCCUGUGUUUUCCCGUCCUCGGUUCGGUUCUGUGGUUUCGUUCGGGUUGUUUUUUGUAGUUGGAAUGUUUGCUGUGCGGAUCUUGUCCAGUUCAGAACGGAUUUCACGGGUUCUCGCGGCGCUCGUCCUCCUGGUUCUUGCUGGGCAGUGUUCAGAGUUGAAGGUGCGGGUCCGAUUGUCAGAUGGACAGAUCACCGAGGAAAGUUUAGAAGCGGACAGCGAGAGGGACUACAUCAGUUUGGAGUUUAAACAAGGGGAUGGCACCCUCAUCACGUUCAUCGCAGAUAUCAGACAGGAUGUGAAGGUGUUCCGCUCGUUGAUCCUGGGCGAGCUGGAGAGGGGGCAGAGCCAGUACCAGGCGCUGUGCUUCAUCACCAGGCUCGACCACAAUGAGAUCAUCCCCAGCGAGUCCAUGGCCAAGCUGAGACAGAAAAACCCGCGUGCGAUCCGGACGGCGGAGGAGGAGAGGGGGUUGGAGCAGAUGACCAUGAAUGUGGCGGUGAACUUCAGCAAGGCAUCGCAGCUCAGCGGACACAUCCACAACGUCUGUGCAGAGGCACAGGAGGCCAUCUACACACGAGAGGCUGACGUCAAGUACUGGCUGGAGAGAGGCGUGGACGGCUCCAUGUUCGAGAUCCUGCCCCAAGCCGUGGACUUCCCUGCGCUGCAGGGCUGCCAGUCCAGCACGGACCUGUGGAGGCCCUGCACCUGCAGCUACAGCCUGAAGCUUGAGUGGUACCCCUGCCUGCUCAAGUACUGCCGCAGCCGGGAUGCCACCGGUAAGAUGACCCCCUACAAGUGCGGCAUCAAGAGCUGCCGCAAGGGAUACCAGUUCGAGUACUUCGUGCCACAGAAACUGCUCUGCCUCUGGGACGAGGAGACCUAGCUUCCACCGUCCUCGUGAAGCUCCUUUGUGGAUUCUUUUGCUAUCAUUAAAUUAUUAGUGUAUUUUUGUUUUUAUAUACAUUGGAGCUGUGACAUUGAAAUCCCAGCAGGUGUGCAGCAGCUGCAGGAGCAUGCACUGGCAUGUGCCUCUGCAAGUUGCUUCACUCGAUGCACAAUCUCAGUGCUGGAGCAGCCAUAUACACUGAUCCCUAACGCUGUGAGAUCCUGCACACCUUAGGACCAGUUUGCUGGCUUUGUUCACAUUGACUGCACCUGUAAUGUAAUAUACCUGCCUGGAUACCUGCGCAGUGUUGUUUUCUUGGAGAGGAGUCCACAGGUUUUGCAGGUUUCUCCUAAGAUCCUGUACAAUACAGAGGCAGCCUGCUCUUCACAUUGAAGUGCAGUGGUGCAGUGCUUUGGACUGUGCAGGUUCGUACUUAAGAUGCAAUCUAACCACAAUCACAAAUGGAAACUCCAGACAGACUCUUGCACAGUUACAGUUGCUUUAAAGGACCUCAAACAUGCAGGUUAUUGUCAAUUGCAGACUAACAUGUUACACAGAAGGUAUGAUGGGUGAGCAUGUUUUUACAGCCUUGCGUCCAAAACGAAUUUUAACCGCACGGCCAGUAACGUUAAUACAGAGGUCCUUCAAAUUCUUUAAACAUUUCUUAAAAGCCUGUAUAUAUGUUUUGGAGGUCUUAGGAGAGUGUUUAUUCAGCCUGCAAUCUCAAAGCCUGCAUUCACUGGGUUUAGCAGAGUGCUAGUGAAACUGGCUCCUGCACAACGACUGGGUCAGAACUUUUGGAUCGCUAGAAUGUAGGAAUGGAACCAAAUCAAAAUGGAACACGUUCCAAUAAUAAUGGAACAUGUGCCAUUAUUGCUUGAUAAUGAUUAGAUCUAGAGAAACCUCUCUUCUUCUAUUGCCUAGACUGUGAAGCCCCCUCCAUCCUCAGAUCUUUACAGAAGUGCUCUUGAUCAGCAGUGGGUGCAGUUCCCUGUGUUGCUGUGCCUAUAGGAUGCACAACAUUAAACUGCCCCUACCUUACAAUUCCACUUGCUAUAAACUUUUUAUACUGUUUGAGUAUCGAUAUGAAGUUGAAGAAUUCUGCUGCUUGUAACAACUUUUUGAGCAUUGCUCCGUUUUGAAAAUCUUGCCGCAAAAGCUGAACGACAGGGACUUGUGUAUAACAGGGCUACCCCGCGGUCUAAUUGAGAUAUUCGGGGGAUCAGAAAAGAUCCGGCUGGAGGAUUAAGUUCUCCACAAUGACGGCGAUCCGAGGUUUACCCAGUCUGUCUACGUGUCGGAUACAGUGGCCAGCUUCCACUGUGUGUUCGUUUCAAUGACUCACUUUAUUGGGGUGCAGUCAUGCGUGACAGUCCUGUCUACUACCAAGUCCAGCAGUGACAGCGGUAGGGGAGGGGAGGGGAGGGACCAUUUAGUUUUGGGGUGCAUUUCUGCCCCAAUCUAGAAUAACAACAUAUUUCUGACAUCACAAGUUCAGUAAAAAGUGAAACAUCAAUUGAAGACCAUUGCACUGGCAAAAUGUCUUCUACAGGCAACUGGGACUGGAAUUAGAUACAAGCAAGUGCUUCCUACCCAUCAUUAUUCCAUGUGUUCAGUAAUCAUUCACAUACUGCAGAGGGGGACUCUGUAGGGAAACAACAGCGUGGAAGCAGCAGGAGACCCUGAAUGAGCCGGCGUCACAAUAAACAGUCCAGGGAGGGUUAUGGGAUUCUCUGCGCCCUGUGGAUAGUGAGCAGCUCUGAUGAGGCAGACAGCGCAGGGUUUACAGUGCAAAAUCUUUCACCAGAAAGCAGGUGCACUCAACACAGUUGAAAAGUCACACAGUCACAUGGUUUCUCAAGCACGGCUGGGGUCAAUUCCAAUUCCUUCGAAGGAAUUUCUAUUUUAGAGGCAUUAAUAAUUGUGGUGUUUGUUCAACUGCUUUCAUUUGAAGCCAGUUUAAUUGACUAACAAACAGGGACUUCAAUUAAAGUAAUGUGUUGCCACUGUGAGAAGCUAAUUUGUGAUCACUGAUGCGUUGGAUCUGAUUAGAAGGGAAUUGGAAUUGGAAUCGGGGAGGGUUUUAAAAAGGAAUUUGAAAUGAAAAACGGAAAUUGAUCCCAACCCUAUUCUCAAGACCAGGAAGCAAAAAAAAAAACAA